AUGGCUCAAUUGCCCCCGGGAUUCUCCGGCAUUUCUCCUGCUCCAACGAGCCGGUUAUUCCCUCCAUCUCUGCCCCGGCUGCCGCCGCCGCCGCCGGCACAACCGCUGCCCAAUCAUAAACCAUCGACUUCUCAAGGCAAGAUCACCGUCGGCAUCGUCAUUGCCACCUUGACGUCCUUGCUCGUAUUCACAGCCGUGUGGGCUCUAUGCAGGGAAUACAGCCGCCGCCGCGCUCGCGCCGCGGCCACAGUAGCAAACACGGCGGUGCGGCCCUCGCCGGAGCAUGGAAGCCCGGCCGUCGAAGAGCGGCCGCUUCGCCAGGCCUACGCCGCAAACCCGGCGGCCGUCCUCCCGGCGUUCAUGUACAGCCGGUCCGUGAAGCACAACUUGGCAGGCGGAGGGGAGGAGGUGGCGACGUGCUCGGUGUGCCUCGAGGAGUUGCAGCUCGGCGAGACGGUGCGGCUGCUGCCGGUGUGCCUGCACCUGUACCACGCCGAGUGCAUCGACGCGUGGCUGGACGCGCACUCGACGUGCCCGCUCUGCCGCUCGGACACCGAUCGUUCCGACACCGAUCCGGCCACGCAUCCAGUUUUCUUUUUAGCCUGGCUGCGUGUAUAG